AUGCCUGCUCACAGGAAAAUUUCCGCUCGACAGACCGAAAUUUUGAUAGGUUUCUUAGAAGCCAAUAAAAACCUAGCAAAAGGGCAUGUAUCACAACAAGGCGGUCCGUUAGGCAAACAAAAUAAUUCACAAAUUUGGGAACGCCUUACGGAGAAAUUAAAUUGUUGCGGGAGUGGUUCUACGAAAAGUGCCAAAGAAUGGAAAGUUUACUGGAACAACAUAAAAUAUAAAGUACGAGCAAAAGCUACAAAAAUUCGGCGUCACAUGACUGGUACUGGAGGUGGUCCAGCCUUUGAGGGUGGCCAUUUAACUACUGAAGAAAGUCGCAUAAUGGCUAUAUUAGGGAAUGAAAGCAUAUUCGGUGAAAAGUCUGUGCGGAUCCCUUUUCCAGAAUUUGAAAAUAUGCCACCAGCUGUCCGCAGCAGCCAGGAAGUAUCAAAUUAUGAAAACAGUGCUGGGUCAGCAUUUGUAAUAGGUGAAGAAGAAAUUAUUAACACUGAUGAACAUCUUACGCCAUUGCCAGAAGAUAGAGUUUUACAAUCAGCAGUUUUUUCCCCGAUGGUUUCACUCCAAGUUCCUGCUCCGGCGACUCCAGUCACGGCGACUCCAGUCACGACGACUCCGAUCACGACAGAUUCGACCACGACAACUCCAGCUCCGGCGGUUUUAACCCCACAAGUUACAUCAUCACGUCCAUAUGUCAGACGUAUACCCGACAUACCUACAUGGGCAUGUGAAAUGGAGGAGAGGCAUAUAGUAGCCCAAGAAAGAACAGCAGCGGCACUCGAAGAGUUGCUAGAUGUGCAAAAAAAAAUUUUAAAUGUCCUUAACGCAAGAUUACCGAUAUAA